UUGGACACAAAGUUUGAAGCGAAUGUGACUCGUUAGCCAAUUCGUUCUGUCGCCAAACAGUUUUCACAGGUUAAAGCCAGAACAAAUGGAAUGUCAAUCCCACCAUCUUUACCAAUAUGCGGUUGUUUCUGUCUUGUCUUUUUCUACAGGUGUUUGUCCACCAUGGUUGGGACUUACCCGCUUCUAUCAGUGCAGCCAAUGCGGGGGCUCGUGGAUGAGAAGAUCCAGGUAGUUGUGAGGAAUUUACCUCCAGCGCUCUCGGUGACACUGCAUUCCCUUCAUCGCUCUGAGGAUAAUGACUUUUGGGAGGCAUUCGGCCAUUACACCAGCAACGACCAAGGUAUGGUGACAGUUGCUAAGGAUGCCAGUCUUGGAGGAACAUAUGAAGGAGCAGAGCCCAUGGGUCUACUGUGGAGCAUGCAGCCUGUUCCAGGCAGUCGGACAGGCCUCAGGUUGAGAAAGAUGGAUGUCCUCACUCCUAUGGUGGUACACAUCUCUGUGUACAGUGGGCACAUGACUGAGGGCUUCAGCAAGCAGUCUCCUCUAGCGACCGUUGUCACAGAACGAUGGUACAUGGCACCGGGUGUGUGCAGAAUUCACAUCAGGGAACACGGAGUCCGAGGGACCCUCUUUUUACCCCCAGGUCCUGGACCCUUCCCUGGGGUGUUGGAUAUGUGGGGAGGGGGUGGGGGGCUGGUGGAGUACCGCUCCUGCCUCCUGGCGUCACACGGUUUUGUUUCCAUGGCGCUAGAGUACCUUUCCCAUGACAAGAACAGAACCUCAGACAUCGAAUCAACAACCUACUUUGAGAAAGCGUUCAGGAUUGUGCAGGAGCACCCUCUGGUGAUGAAGGACAGAGUUGCUCUGUUUGGUCUCUCCUUAGGCGCGUCAGUCGCCCUCAACUUGGCAGCCUACUCCAAAGACAUCAGCCCCAAAUGCUGUGUGUGUAUCAGUGGGAGUCACGUCCACCGGGUCAACCAGGCUUUCAGCAAAGUGUUUAGAAAGAUGAACAAGGAUGGGUAUAAGACCCGAUUUGAUGAAGAGGGCCGUGUGGUCUGGAGAGACUUCAUUCUGCCUAUCCCAACCGACCUUGGAGAGAAAGUGGAUAUGGGGAGGAUAAAGUGUCCAUUGAUGUUGGUCGUCGGGGAGGAUGAUCAGAACUUGGCGACAGUGGAGUCUGCCAAGGACAUGACCCAGAUGAUGCGUGCAGCGGGUAACGAGCACCUGCUGACCAUUCUACAAUACCCUGAUGCUGGACACCUCAUUGAGAUGCCCUACACACCCCACUUCAGAGCCAGCAGCUUCAUAGUACAGCAAACGGGACAGAAAGUGAUGGUGUUGUGGGGAGGGUACACCAAGCCGCAUGCCGAUGCUCAGGAAGACUUUUGGGAAAAGAGCCUUAGCUUCCUACGGCAACACCUCUACCCCAGCCCUGACUCUGUCCCUAAGGCCAAGCUGUGAUGUCACACCCGAGGAGCAUCAGGGCCUAGUAUGAUUGACUAAGCUAUAACUGUUAAAAUAAAUUAACAUUUAAAAUAUGAUAAAGUCUAAGCCUUUGGGGGGGAUGUGAGGGUUCUACUAAGCUAUCAUGGAAUUGUUUUAGUCAUACCAUAGAUAAUUUUGCUAUUUGAUUUAGAAUUGUAGGACUCCCAAGCCAGGUGUAUGCUACACGAUUUUGGCCCCGAUUUAGCUCUCCCAGACAAGUUUUUGAAAUUGAAGACCAAAUCCCCAUGUCGUUGCCUACUCGUGGCGUUUGGCCGUCACAACGCUCAUUUAAUGUGAGCGGGUCAGAUACAGUCUGAGGGCUACUAAUCUCAUCUUUGAGCAGUCCCAGACGUCCUGAUAUUUUCAAAAUGUUUUGAGAGCGGGUGAUCAGCAAUAGCCAAUGAGAGCUCGCCAGAGAAGAAACCAGUGAGAUGAUGAUAUUUCUCAUCACCCAGAAUGUGAGCUACUACUACUACUACUACUACUCAAAGUAUGCGUUUUUACUUGCCUUUAACCAAAGCAUCAAAUCGUUGCAGUUCACAAGCAAAGUUAUUCAAUUCAAAAUGCUAAAUAUUUCAAGUCAGUAUGGCAAGCGUGAAUGUCUGACUGAAAACGUUUGAGGCUGCUUUGAGCCACUGCUCGUUGUAGCUAUGGUAACAAUCUAAUCACUUAAUUAUUUUUGCGAGACAGCGUGGUAUCGAGAAUCCUAACGACCAAGUGAAGAAUCUUGUAGUGUGUGACUCCUGUCUUUGCCAUGUCGUUUAGUGUGCGCACCACUACAUUGUCAAGAGAAGAAAACGUCAGGAAAGACGGUUGUUUAAUGUGAGAGACUCAGCGAAGUUAGGAUUUGGAAAGUUGUGUAGUGUACAUCUGGUUUUAGGUAUUAUUUUAAAAAAUGAUUGCAUAAAACAUUGAAUUUGGUCUUUACUACUAUAGCCCAUAGAAACGCAUUGAAUAUAACACAUUCAUAAAUGGCAAAAAAGACAGUCCAAAAAUGUAUCAUAAGGAAUUACAUUUUUUUGUGAGAAGACCAAUUUUCGAGAUUUCUCGGUCUGACAAACACCUCAGAUGUGCAAUGUCAACAUAGGCGGAUGCGGUGGAUUGAGACACACCCCACGAAAAAAAAACACAGUGCCUUGCGAAAGUAUUCGGCCCCCUUGAAC